ACGGAGAGCCCAAAUUGAGGCGGACAAACAGGCGACUGUGGAGAUUAAAGAACAAUUGAUGAAGAAGCUUCAGGACGUGGAGAAAACCAUCGAAGAAGAAAAAGCAUUGAGGGUCCAGGCAGAGAAUUGCAUAAACAUAUUGGACCAAAAACUGAAAACAGAACAAGAACGGAGAGCCCAAAUUGAGGCGGACAAACAGGCGACUGUGGAGAUCAAAGAACAAUUGAUGAAGAAGCUUCAGGACGUGGAGAAAACCAUCGAAGAACAAAAAGCACUGAGGGUCCAGGCAGAAAACUGCAUAAAAAUAUUGGACCAAAAACUGAAAACUGAGCAAGAACUGAGAGCCCAAAUUGAGGCGGACAAACAGGAAGCUGUGGAGAUUACAGAGCAACUGAUGAAGAAGCUUCAGGACGUGGAGAAAACGUCCAGAGAGGGUCAAGCUGAGAUCACUUUGGAUGAUCGGGACAAAUUUGAACUGGAACUCCAACAGCUGGAGAAAAUGCUCCAAGAGGAGAAAAGACUUAGGAUCCGAGGAGAGACUGAAAAUGCUUCUCUCUUGAAAACUAUAGAGUAUAUUCGGCAGGAAACAAACAAAAAACUGCAGAAAGAAAGAGCUCUAAGACAAGAGGCAGAAAGAGCUAAGCUGGAGUUGGAAAAGGUACGUGAUCAACUUUACCAAGGUUUAGAGAAAGCCUGUAAGAUAACAGCGACACUCUCAGAUGAGACCAAACUCCUGACCAAGAAGCUUCAGGGAGAGGACAAGAAACAGAGAUCUCUACUCAAAGAUGUCCAGGAACUCACCCUCAUGCUGGAAAAGGAAAAAGCCCUUAGAAUCGAGGCAGAGAACUACGAGAUUGUAGAGGCUUUACAGAAGGAAGCAAAAUAUAGAACCUGGAAGAAAGAGAAACGCCAUCACAUCAGUGUUCAACGUCAUUAA